CUCAGACAGCGCUCAAUUAGGGUUUCGGCUGGUAGGAAUCUGAGCGGACAGAUCGAAGAUGGCGCAGGAGGGCGUUCGAUUAAAGGGAGUCGUGAAGUGGUUUAACGGAAGCAAAGGGUUCGGAUUCAUAACGCCGGAUGAUGGAGGAGAGGAUCUGUUCGUGCAUCAAUCAUCUAUCAAGGCGGAUGGGUUCCGAACGCUGGCUGAUGGAGAGCCGGUUGAAUUCGGCAUCGCGGAGUCGGAGGAUGGACGGACUAAGGCCGUUGAUGUGACGGGACCUGAUGGGGAUUUUGUUCAGGGAGGCAACACGUCAGGCGGCGGCGGUGGGGGCCGGAGGGAUGGGUAUGGCGGUGGUGGUGGUGGUGGAGGUGGACGAGGGGGUGGAAGGUAUGGUGGAGGUGGAUACGGGUUUAACGGUGGUGGUGGAGGUAGGGGAGGUGGUUGGAGGGGUGGCGAUGGCGGGGGGUAUGGUGGGGGGGAGGGGGGGGGGGGGGGGGGUGUGUUUACCUGUGGAGAAACUGGCCAUUUCGCGAGGGAGUGCCCAUCUGGUCCGAAGUGAGACUUUACCUACAUCUCCUUACUUUUUUGUUUCUGCUUCGUUAGAUUAUCUUGUAGUUUGAUGAUAUGGGCUGCUUCCCUUGUGUUUCUCCUCUAUUUUUCUUUUAUAUUUUUGUGUUGUAUGCUCUGGUAGGGCAUGAAGAUUGUGGUUUUUUUGUCUUUUUUUAUUUAUAACUUGGACGUGAAUCAUGCGAUUUGGUUUUGGUUAGGUUUUGUUGUUCAUUUUUGGUGAUUUUUUUUUUUUUUUUGACAAGGGAAUGUGUAAUAUGAACUGUAUGAAUGAUGUGCUUUAUAUAUGAGUCCAAGCUAUUUCCAGUCA